UCCGCCCGCACCGCAGUCUGCACGCAGCCGUCGCGAGCGCCGCCCGCACUCCCGCGACAAAAAAUCCCGCACUAGCGCGCAAACGAUAAUCCGCAAUUCGUGAAUUAAAAUUCAAACCUCUGUGCAUGAAUUAAAACUCUUUCGUUUCCCCUCCGUGUGUUCCAAGUGUCUGUGAUUCAGUUCCAUCACGUAGUGAAUUUUAAUUUUUCUGUGAUCGCUGUCGGACUAAGCGGCGGUUUUAUAAUUGAGCUUUGUUGAAUUAAGAAUGUGGUGGUGUGAGACGAGUGGCGCGGGGUGAGGUGAAGGGCGGGGCGCCAUGAGCGCUCCCGAGCCGUCGGUGCUCAGCGCACUGAAGGGCUUCACGGAAACCAGCGACAAGUGGCCCGGACCACGUGCUGUUAAGAUCUACGUCGCCUCCGUUUACAAUGAAUUCCGCGAGGAGAGACGUCAAAUCCUGGAGAUGGUCGGACCAGAGUUGCAGUCCACGUACGACGAUCGAUACAUUGAGAUCGAGUUCGUGGACAUGCACUAUGGGACUGACGGUGGGGACGAAGCUAAUCCAGCAUUACUUCAACAUUACCUCGAAGAAAUACGAUGCUGCAACCAAACAUCGAAAGCCGGUUAUUUUCUGUGUCUCAUCGGUGGCGAUGCAUCAUCAUACCAGCCGGUACUCCCAUUCAAGAUCCCAGAAGCUACGUUCGAGGAGCUGGUCAAGUCAGAUUCGGCACAGGCGGCACUCGUUCGAGCUUGCUACCGGCUGAAUGGAGACGGUAGCUACCACUUGGAGGGAGAAGAUAAGUGGUUCAGUGAUUUAAUGGAUCGCGAAGAACAAAGAAGUCGUCUUUUCGAGGUGCAAAAAGCAUUUAAUGCGACAGCCCUUGAAGCUUCGGCAAACGGUCUAGAAGUAUCCGACUUGCUCCGUAGCCCCGUCGAAUUACAAUGUGAAUUAGCCUUAGAUCUCCUAUCAAGUGGCAAUCAUCCAAAAGGGAUGAUAGCCGUUAUAAGAGACACGCCAGACUUGGAGCCGGAUGACUCCAAGAUAACAGUGUUGGCGCAUAGCAGGUUAAAAGAACUGAGAAGAAAAAUGGAAGACGCCUUACCUGAUACACAUAUUAUUACGUUGGAGUCAUUAUCAGCAGAAUCAUCGAGAACAGAUGGUGCGUCUGACAACGAAGAGAAACUAGCUCCCUUCAGGGAGAUGGUACAAGUAGUGGUCAGUUCACUCGUCGACGAGAGCCUUAGCACCGAGCCCGAUCAGGGGAAGGGAAGAAAAAAGACUGUACAGGAAGUUUUUCUGGAACACAUCACUCAUCUUAGGAUAUGUAUAGAACAUAAUCGUUUGUAUAAAGUUAACGUUAAGCAAGUUGAAGAAGCAGCCAAAAGUAUUUUACAUAACGCUAAGGAAAAUUAUGAAAACCGCACACGGCAUCCACCGGCCUUAAUAUAUGGGCCUGAUGCUUCAGGAAAAAGCACCUUAUUGACACAUCUUUACUUCAAGUGCGAAGAAAUAUUUCCAAAGCCAGUGUUGAGGAUAGUAAGAUUUUCCGCUUCGACACCGCGAUCGGCCUAUAACUUGGAGCUGCUGCGAGUGAUGUGUCAACAGAUAUCGAUAAUUUUAAACAUUCCCGAAGGAUACUUGCCGAAAGACGCGAGUUUCGAUCCUCUUUAUAUUAACAAUUGGUUCCAAAGUCUGCUUAGGAAAUGCGAGGAGAUGGAAAAUGAGAUUUUGUUAAUAUUUAUCGAUAAUGUUCAUAGAGUGAAUCCGUUGGAAUGUGAUAUAGUGACGGGAUUAUCUUGGCUGCCGAUGUCGUUGCCAAGAAAUGUGUUUCUCGUGUGUACUAGUGCCGUAUCUUUGGAGCAACUGCAGCUGACGCCAGCGCAGAAAGAAAAGUUCAAAGUUCAGAACUGUUACUAUUUGUUGGACGCGAUCGACGAGACUCCAGAGAAUAAUAGCUACGGAGACUAUAUUGAUGGUGCCUUCGAUAAUUUAGAAGUCGUCUUCGGUUCUAAAGCGUUUAGUAAAUUAGCAAGUUACAUAACAUGUUCAGAGUUCGGUCUAACGGAGCUAGAACUCUUGGAACUGCUGAUGCCGACGAGUAACAGUGACGCCGUCAUCACUCUGAAGGAAGCCAACUUCAACUUCUCUACCAUAUGUGUAGCUAAGAAUAUGAUGAAAAACCUAAUAUCGGAGAACGUAGUAUCAGGGCGUUGUACCUGGCGGUGGCGAGCCGCGGCGGCCAGCUCGCGCGCUCGGCGCCGCUACGUGCGCUCUCAAGCGGCGCUCAGAGACGCGCACUCCGACCUAGCUGCGUUACACUUCGCCAACUUCCUACACGAUGCCGAUGAUACUGAUACUUCUGAAGCUCAGGAACCUGUUCGUGUGCUCAUAGGUUGCGUGGACAAUGACGACGAUGCUCUCCUGGACUCGACCCCCUUCCACUCCGCCAGUAGGACGGCUGCGGCGUUCACGCAGCGACACGUUGAGGAGUCCUGGCUCCAUCUGCUGUUGGCUGGAGACUUCUCAAAGCUGAAGGACCUCACUGUUUGUAACUUCGACUUUUUACUUGCUUCGGUACAAACAGUAACGAUAUCGUACCUCCGCUGCAUCUUGGAGCACGUGCGAUGUUACAUCUUGGACCGUGACGUGGAGCUAGUCUACGGAGCCGUAAGGAAGUCCAGCGAUAUACUCACCAGGGAUCCUAUGCAGUUGGGUGCUCAGAUAAUAGCAUGGCUCCGGCCAGCGGUGGCGCGUCGCGGGGUGCUGGCUACUCUAGUGACCGCCGCCAUGGCGUGGUGUGACGGCUACGACAAGCCACUACUUGUACCCCUCAAUGGAUGGUUACAACCACCAAUAGCAUCAACAGUUCGCGUGCUCUCAGUAGGGGGAUCAACUCCUGGUGCUGGAGCGCGACUCCUGCAACUGGCACCUUCGGGACAACAUCUAGUGCUCGCACCUUCAGCGGGAGACCCUCAGCUGUGGCAUGUCAUGUCUAAUUCCAGAGUGCAUACGUUUAAAGGUCAUUCAGGAAGGAUUCUAUGCAUGUGUGUGACAAGAGAAUCGCAAUACCUUCUGACUGGGUCAGAAGACACCAGCGUUAUUGUAUGGGAUCUCCACACAUUGGCAGUCAAGACUAAAAUACUAGAACACAUAGCGCCGGUGCUGUGCGUGGCAGCCAUCGUGAACCGGUCGUUAGUGAUCAGCGGGGGGGAGGACUCGGCGGUUAUUGUCACAUCACUCGUAGAUGGGGCACUGGUAACAAAACUAGACCACCACCGCGGCCCAGUGACAGCUGUCAAAGUAAUCCAAGAUGGCGAGAUCCUUGUCACAUGUUCCCAAGACGGGACAGUUUGCACGUGGAAUGUAGACAACUUCACUUUACUCAGUACCGUGAACGCUGGCGUGCCAAUAAAUACUAUGGAAGUGACAGACGACAAUGUGUUCCUUAUAACAUUGCAAGGAGAAAAUGAACUGCAUGUCCGAACUUUCAUUACGGGGACACAUCUGCAUGUACUGAAGAGACACAAGGCUAAGGUGAAAUGCUUCUGCGUGGCUCACGACUCGUCUCGUGCGGCUGUAGGAUGUGCUGACCAACGCAUCUACUUGUAUAGUCUACACAGCGCAACGCUUUUGAGAACAUUAGCAGUAGCUCAUGAUCUGGCUGCCCUUGCUGUGGCGGAUAAAGAUCAUUUCUUGUUAGCUGCAGGCGGCAACAGAGUUACGAUUUAUUCAUUCCACACAGAGGAUAACUUGACCAAUUUCCGACCAACUAAGCAGACGAAGCGACGCCAAACAAAAUCUAUGACGAAUGUCACAAUGUUACAGGCGGAACAAAGUGAACUGAUCCCAAUCAGCUGUCUAGAAAUCUCCCGUGACGGCCAAUUGGCCGCCAGCGGUUGUGCCCGCGGCUUAGUACGAGUGUGGCAUCUCUCUACCCAUCGUCUUCAAACAACGCUGAACGGACAUCUAGGACAUGUCACUUGUGUUACAUUCUCUCCUAACAAUUUGUUGGUAUUAAGUGGAUCUGAGGACAGAACUAUUGUGGUCUGGCAACUGGCUGAUAACUCACCUUCGUUAACAUACAAGGGUCACUCAGCCGCCCUACAAACACUACUGAUGAUGUCGGACGGUCGUCGCGCGAUGUCGGGCGACCGCGCGCGUACAGUGCACGUGUGGCUGGUGGACUCAGGGAUCGUGCUGCACUCCACUGCCGCGCCUACUGCCAGCCUUGACGUCACGCUUAAUAUGAAGUUUGCUGUACUAUCAGACGGUGAUAACUCAGUUCGUAUUUGGACACUAGCCGGAGGUGAUAGUGGGGAAGAAAAACGCAACGUAUCACAUGCAGAAAGGAUCACAUGUUUCGCUUUGACAGCUGACUCGCAACACGUUGUCACCGGCUCUAUGGAUAUGUCGCUCAAGGUCUGGAAGUUAGAUGGAGGGAAAUUGUCUCAGGUACUGGUCGGUCACUCAGACAUAGUCACCUGCGUAGCGGUGUCUAUAACAAAUAAGACUCAGAUAGUAUCAGGGUCUUGGGACUGUAAUCUCAUAGUGUGGGACAUCAAUACUGGCUCCGACCUUCAUUUGCUAUCUGGACAUCUGGGAAAAGUUACCUGCGUCAAAGUCACUGGAGAUGGAACUAUCGCUGUGUCUAGUGCGGAAGAUAAAACACUUAUUAUCUGGGAAACUAAAAGGGGUCUAGCGUUGACGUCCUUAGCGUUGCACGUGCCGCUACUCGGGUUCCAGAUCACUAGCGAUUGCGCACGAAUCGCUGUUCAUCUGCUGGAUCGAGGUUGCCUUCCGAUGAUUUGCCUGCACAAUACACCAGCCACGUAUGUUAAGAUACCAACAUAUGCUGCACCUACUAAAGAUGUUGAUGGUAAGUCAAAGUUGCGUCCGUUGGCUCCGAAGCGGCCGAUGAGAAGAUUACUCAAGAAAGAAGUUUCUUUGGAUACCUAUACGUGGCAGAAGAAAUAUGGGCAUCUUACUUCGGCAGCCAUGAUGGCUCAAGUCGAUGAACGUUUAAAGAGAAGGUUUUCUGUUUCCGCAUCCAUGGAAGAGAUCUCGAAAAUACAAGAAGCAAAGAACAAAGACUUAGGUUCACAGGUGAGCUUAGGACCUGAAGAGGCGGCAAUAGCGCAAUCUCAGCACUUCGAUCAGCUUGAAGCUUUAUGGAACAAGAUAUCGCCGCCGAGGCGACGCUCCAAUAAGUCACUGCAGAAACAGAGCUCGUUAAUCGAGAGUCGAUUCGAUUCUUCGGACGAAGAGCACACGCCCGUUGAGGAACAAGAACACAUGGUCGAGUAAGGAUGCUUAGUUUUAAACAAUAUCAAUUAAUUAAUUUUAACUUAUUUAUUAAAAAUUCUGCAUUAUGAGCUGGUCUCGUUUCGUCUUAAUUUGUAGAUUGUUUAUUCAUUAUUAUAAUAAGUUUUAGUGGAAAUAAUAGUUUUCCUUUUCUGUCCCUAUCUUUUUAAUUCGCGAUUCAUCACAAGAUCUUAUUUUUCUAUUAGUUUGUUACAUAAUUUCAGUAGUCGCAAAUAGAGUAAUAAUAUUAUUAUCAAGGACACUUUAGGUCAUUUUUAAGUGUUAACAAAAUUAAUGAAAAUACGAACUAAGUUUAAUGAAAAUUAGACUUUAGGUUUAUAACAAAAAUUACGAAAUAAGUCAAUAUUUAAAAAAUAAAGUUAAAAUUGCUGAUAAUACUGUUGUAGGAAGCUAUAAAAUAAUUUACGUGUACGCAUUGUGAUCUUCUAGACUUAUUACUAUUAGCUUCCUUUCGGGGCCAGUUUCUUAAUAAAAAUAAUAUUUUAGUAAACACUUUAUAUUGCAGAACAACACAAUACUCGUCCUCUUUUAAAAGAAUUUACACAAAAAUAUAUCAAUAUCUACGUUAUUUGAAUAAAAAUAACAAUAUUGAUCGAUAUUAUUGGAAACUGGUCCUCGGUAGUUUGACUGUAACUUUGAUUCACGCUAAUAUUUCAGCACGUGUUAAGUACUUACUUAGGUACAACUUAAGAGUAAUAAAUAAGUAGUAACUAUAUUACCUUCGGAGCUUCAGUUUAAUGCUAUUAGAAGAUUUUUACGUAUCACUGAUUUUUAUGAGCUUUAAAAUAUUUAGCGUCUAUUAGUAAACACCUCUUUUGGUGUUAAGUACGAAUUCGCUGUUAUUUAAGAUAUUCUAAAAUGCAAAAAUAUUUAUUGUUUAGUUAUAAUUAUUUUACCAAAGUUGUGUUACCUUAAUCAGUACAAUACUUUAAUUUUAAUAAAUGUUAAAAUGUAGUCCUUCAUGUUUUCUAAAGCUUUAUUUUUCCUUUUUUCCUAAAUCUUUCGCAUAUUCUAGUAAUUUUAAAUAUUAUUGUUGAAUACCUAUUCUGUUAAAUAUCUCAGUGUUUAAACUGAUAAUGUUUCAAACUGAUAUUUUAAUCAAUUAUUUUGUUGUUAAUAUUAAUAAGUAAUAAUGUUAAGUGAAAAUAGUUGUUAAUGAAAUAAUAGAUUAGUAGUUUAGUUAGAUCUAGACUGUAAUUUCCCCGAUUUGUGUAUCGAACUAGUGUUUUCCAACUGUGAUCCCUAAUAAAGACUUCUAUAUAAGUACACAUAGUUUUCAAACUACAAAGAGUUAUCCUUAUGAAUAAUUAGUGUAAUAUUAUCGUCUGUUAGAUACAAUCUAUCUAUUGAAGUGGUUUAUGAAUAACUUUUUAAAUAUUUUUGUUUGCAACAUCAUGAAAUUAAACUAAUGAAAUAUUUAUGACACGUUAACCAUAUUGCAAGUAAGAGCUAACGAGGAGAGAAAGGUUUUUCAUUGACAACUUUGUAUACAAUAAAUAAUAAAUUCCAAAAAGUAAAAAAAAACGUUUGUACCAAGGAAGCUUUUGCACCUAUCGUAAACUUUUAUCCAAACGACUGUUUUAACUUGUUCGCAUUUUCACAACUAUUGUUUUCUUCAGCGUUUCAAUUCGUAAUAUUAAGUACAUAAUGACUUUUGUAAUUUCAAUCAGUUUUAGGUAGUAGUAAUAAAUUACUUUAAACAAAUAUCGAUCAUAGCUAUUUAAUUAAAAUUUGAUUGAUGCAGCGAGUAAUGCUAUAAGUAGGGUAAAUUUUAUUGUGUAGAAUUUCUAAAAUUUUAAAUGUUGGUAAUAGACGUUACUUGUCUGUAUAAAUUAGACAAUGCAAUAAUAUUUCAUAAGUAGAUGCACUUACUUGUAGUCGAAUAGGCAACUGAAUCCUCUUCUGAAUACAAUUCAAUGAAUAUAUUCGAACAAACAAAGCUCGGCACUUUACGCUUCUUAAAUCAAUCUGUCACAAACAAGCUAAAAGUAUUUUGAAGGGAAAUUCGAUAGCUGUUUACACUUGAGGACAAAAUAAAAGAGGCAGUGUUUCACGAUAUUUGUGGAAUCCGUAUUCGUAAACAAUGCGGUUAUAAGUCUAAAGCUAGAGUGUGUUUAUUCAUCGAAGUCGUAUAAUUUUGUCCUCAGGUGUAAAGUUCAGUUUGAUUGCAAUAAGUUGAAAAACUAAUCGUUAAACACUGUCACCUUGUUAACUAUUUGUAUAGAGUUUUAUAUAUUUAUCGUUUCUUAUUCCUCACGUACGUGAGUUUUAUUUUUGACCUGUCGUGGCAUUAUAUCUGAAAAUAUAUCCUCUGUGUUUCUUA